AUGCUGGAAGAGGGCAUCUCAUCUUCAUCUUCGGGCUCGUCGUCGAGGAUCACGUUGUCGUGCCGCACUGUCCGGGCGCGCCGCCAAGCAAGCAAAUGCAGGAGCGGGGCCCAGUAUUGUGCAAGAACAUUCCGGGGUCCGUUGAGGACCGGCAGAAGCUCGGGGUGGCAACUCCGCGGUGCUUUGGCAACAACAUUUGCAUCGACGACUUCUGGCCCGGUGGUGUCAGCCCACCUCCUCGGCCGCGGGUGGUCACAGGAACGGUCACGUAAGCAGCAAUGGCCGCCGCAAUGCCACGAACGCGGGAUCGACAGGAUCCGAACCCGAGCGAUGACAAGGAUCCAGGGACGGACCGGCUUUGGACUCCAGCAACGGACGAUCGCCAGGAGCCCCCAACGGCGGACAAAGCCCGAGCGUGCGCAAGAGCAAGCGCGCAAGCAGGCGGAACCAGCAGACCGUACCGGAAGCGGACACCGAACUACCAGCGAAGAGAGCAAACGGUAACUAAGUCACGCCCAAGGACUCCGAAUUCAGCAUUUGAUGGCACCUUGUUCUGGCAUCGAGUAGCAUCAGGUUUGAUUGUAAGCUUUCUGUCAAUCCUCCGGUCACGGUCUAGACAAUUGGCCCGAGCCAUCCUCUAAUCGUCGAAACGGCCGCCACCUCAUAUAAGUGGCCUGUGUCGGUCGACGCGCAUCCUAACUAGAUAAGCGGGGGUAUCAAAUCUUUCAAAGUACUACGAUCAAAAGCGAAAUACUCCUAUGCACUGAGUCUCUGUGAACCUCUCACUCAUCAAGUCCCUAUAAUGAGCAUCCAAGUUGGGAAGACGGUCAAGAUUAUAGG